GUUGACAAGAUGCCAGAUUUGAGCACCAAUAAGAGUUCAACAAAGACUUUGAUAUCUGCAAAAAAGAACCCUCUCAAAAGUACAGACAAGGUUAGCCACUCUUCAAGUUCCAGACAACACGACAGAAAAUAUUCCCAUUCUAAGAUUACUCGAAGUCCACCUAGGCGACGUGCUAGACGAAGUCGUACGUCAACAUCCAGUUCCUCAGAUUCGAAUUCGUCAUCAUCUGAUUCUGACUCAAAUGACUCUUCGGCAUCGGACUCCUCAAAUUCAUCGAAGGGAUCCAAAAAAUCUAAUCUUGUCCCAGCUUCGGAUACAAAAAACCUUAGUGAACGUCCUCAUCCACCCGGUCAGUCAAGUUCUAUCCAUUCUAAAGUAAGCGAUAAAACACAACAGAUAUCUUAUAAAUCAUCGGAACCUGGUGAUUCAAAGAAAAAAGUAGUCAGUGCAUUAACGUCUAAGGAUGAACUAAGCAAACCUGAGGGUAACCCAAAAUCAAAUUCAACAGAUCACUUAUUAAAAGUUCCAGAUACUUCAGCUGUUACUGGGUCGACACUUUCGUCUUCAGUGCAGGAUUCUGACGAUAAGGUUGCAGAGACAUCAAAAAAUAAGAAUCGGGAUAAAACAUCACAUAAUAUUGUAUCAAAGUCAAACAAGGAGAACAAUGCAGAAAAACCUCUUCCUAAUAACAAUUCUGCAUCCGAUAGUCGGUUCACUCGUGUACUUAUUGAGAAGUUGACUAAAAAUAUAACAAAGGUCCAUAUUCAGGAAAUAUUCUCCGUAUGGGGAGAAAUCCAUUCAGUUGAUCUUCCACCUGAUCGUAUUCACCCGGAAUUUAACAGGGGGUAUGGUUAUGUUGAGUAUGUCGAUUCCAAGUCAGCCAGUGAUGCAGUUAAUUUCAUGAAUGGAGGACAAAUAGAUGGACAAGAAGUAAGAGUUUCUGAAGUUCAUUCUCGAACGGCACACCUAAGUGAUCGUGCAGGCCGUUCAGAUGAACGAACAGGCUACAGAAAAAGAGGCCAUGAUUCAUCAAAACAUGAUCGUGCAAGGUCACAUAAUCGCGAAGGACAUACUUCAAAAGCAUUUAAUGAUUCCACAGAACAUAAUCGUGUGAAAGAAGAUUCUGGUAAAAAACAUGCUUCUCACAAUCAUUUUCGAACUCAUGAUAGGCAAGAGCAUUCUCGAAUUCGAGAACGCAUUAGGGAUCGUGAACGUGAAAGAACACGUGGCAGUCGUCUAGAUAAUGAACUCAAAAGAAACCGACGAGGAAGCAGUGGCAGUCCAUUUGCAAGUCAUUCAACUAAUCGACCUCGUUCUCCUCUUACGGGAUUACGUUACCGCAGACCUAGUCCUCCAAGCUCUCGAACUGGCCCUAAACGACCUAGGUCCCAUAGUCCUAAAGCAAAAUUACAAACAACUGCUGGUCGAGGUGAUAAAAAACCUGGAGAUGUUAACCGUCGUGAUAAGAAAGCGUCUUCCCGUUCAUCGUCUUCGUCUUCUUCCAACUCAGGAUCAUCUUCUUCCUCCUCAUCAAGUUCGAAUUCCGGUUCUAGUUCAUCCUCUAGUUCAAGUUCUUCUCGCUCACAUUCUUAAAGGGCUCGCCGUUUUUAAAUUUCGCCAUAGAUCCUAUGAUGAAAUGAACAUGUUUUUUUCGGAUGUCUGCAUUUCUCUGUUUGCACAUAACUGUCAAGUGUAUUUUAAUACUUUUAAUCUUGCCGAAAUUACACUUGUUUUGAAUUUACAUUUACUUCAUGAAGUCAUUCUUUAGUUUAUUAGACGGAUGCUUAUGAA